GACGAUUGGGGUCGAUCAAAGCCCGACACAAGGCAUAAAUUGCUCCGCAUGAUGGGGCAAGAAGAAGAAUUGCAAUUUGCUUACAGACCAAUUCAACUCCUAACCAAAAUUUGUUUUGAAAUUCAAUAAUCCAUGCCGAACUGCUCUCUAGUUUCCCUCUCCUGUCACCACGCACGUGUACCAAAUUAACCCUACCCACAGACACACACUCUCUCUCUAGUUUGUAUAUAUAUCAAAUGAAACAAGAGUGAAAGACUUUAAUCGAAUCUUACUUCACAUUUGACUUUGCUGCAGCCUCUGCCUCUGCCUCUGCGGUGAGAUCAAACUGGACGGCCCUCACUUGUCUAUCUCCAAACCUUAGAAAUAUGAGUGGAGAAGCACAACAAAAACCUGCUCCUCGCUUGAAUGAGAGGAUUCUUUCAUCCAUGUCGAGGAGGUCAGUUGCUGCUCAUCCUUGGCACGAUCUUGAGAUAGGACCUGGAGCUCCUCAGAUUGUCAACUGUGUUGUUGAGAUAACGAAAGGAAGUAAAGUCAAAUAUGAACUUGACAAGAAAACCGGUCUAAUUAAGGUUGAUCGCAUCUUGUAUUCGUCAGUGGUUUACCCGCAUAACUAUGGCUUCAUCCCUCGAUCGUUGUGUGAAGAUAAUGACCCACUGGAUGUAUUAAUUCUCAUGCAGGAACCUGUUCUGCCUGGUUGUUUUCUUCGUGCCAGGGCGAUUGGGCUCAUGCCUAUGAUUGAUCAGGGAGAAAAGGAUGAUAAAAUUAUUGCAGUUUGUGCUGAUGAUCCAGAGUAUCGCCACUACACUGACAUCAAAGAGCUUCCUCCUCAUCGACUAGCUGAGAUUCGUCGCUUUUUUGAAGAUUACAAGAAGAACGAGAACAAAGAAGUUGCAGUUAAUGAUUUUCUGCCUUCAGCUACAGCUCAUGAAGCUAUCCAGUACUCAAUGGACCUUUAUGCUGAGUACAUCUUACAAACCUUGAGGAGAUAAGUGGAUGGGAAAAAUGAGAGAUUGGAGACCUGAGAUGAUUUCUAUACUUGUUUAACUAUUGCUGCUUUGUUUGGCUAAAACAAUCUUAUGUAAGAAAAUGAGUGAUUUCCUUUUAUUUCUUGUAUGUUGUUUGUUUUCAACUGAAUUUUAAAAUUUUCAACUCAACUAUUAGCCCUUUUCAGUUUAGUUGUGUAGUAAUGUGCAUCCCUAAAACGGUGUACAUCGUAAUAAAAAUUACUAUUUUUGUGGUGAAA